UGGAUAAAAUUUACCGGCAAUUCACUUCCGGAUAGGACGGGCUCUCGCGAGCAAAUACGUGAUUAAAGAUGUCAGCCGCCUAUGGGGUGCAUUUUGGCUGCUCGUCAGCUUGCUUAGCCGUAAAUAAGGAUGAUAAAACAGAUGUUAUAGCCAAUGACCUUGGUGACCGAACUACACCAUGUAUUGUUGCUUUUACAGACCACGAUCAGGCUGUGGGUAUAGCAGCCAAGCAAGGGAUGAUACGUAAUGUACAGAACACUGUCUGUCAUGUAAAACAAAUAUUAGGUAGAAAAUAUGAUGAUCCAGUUGUAACAGAAUAUAAGAGGAAAUCAUCUGCUCAGGUUUUAGAUCAGAAUGGGGAACCAAGAUAUGAAGUGGACUUUAAAGAGUCGAGAAAAAUAUUCACACCAUCUCAGAUUGCUGUUGCAAUCUACAAGAAGAUGUUAGAAACUGCACAGAGUCAUGGAGGAAGUGGUUCACAAGAUUCAGUAUUAGCUGUACCCACACAUUUCAAUACAGAUCAGAAGAAGGCUAUAAGUUCUGCAGCAAAUCAAGCCGGUUUCAACAUCCUUCGUAUGAUAUCAGAACCAGCUGCCGCCCUCUUAGCUUACGAUGUUGGUCAGACAGAUGUAACUUAUAAUGGGUCAGUGUUGGUGUUCAGACUAGGGGGUAUAUCAGCGGAGGUCUCAGUGGUAAAUGUUCACAAUGGCAUGUACCAGAUAUCUACAUCAGUUACAGAUUCGACUCUCGGUGGUGACCUGUUUACAGAUGAACUUGUAAAAUAUCUUGUAAUGGAAUAUAAGAAGAAGAGUCGUAAUGACAUAACUGAUAAUAAACGGGCCAUGGCUAAAUUACGUAGACAAGCGGAGAUAUGUAAACAUGGUAUGUCCAAGAUGGACAAUGUCCACUGUGCUGUAGACUCAUUAUUUGACGGAAUGGAUUUUGAUACCAAAGUAUCCAGAGCAAGAUUUGAAAGUUGUGUUAGUGAACUGGUGCAAAGAUGUACACAAUUAAUCGACCAGGUGCUUUCAGCUGCAAAGUUGACACGCAAAUCAAUUAAUAAGGUUAUAGUGUGUGGAGGCGGGGCCAAUGUUCCGGUUCUUCAAAAAACAAUUACAGACAUGUUUUCCCACUGUGAUAUACUCAACUCUAUUAAUCCAGAGGAAGUCAUUGCUGUAGGGGCAGCAAAACAGGCAGGAAUUCUGUCUGCACUAGAAGAUGAAGACAUUAAGCUCAACACCGAAGACAAGACUAUAGAUUGUAUAUCUAAACCUAUAGGCAUCAGGACACAAACAGAGAAUGGAAGUGAAAUUACCCAAGUCUUUCCUGGAUUAGCUCCCCUACAUUCACGAAAACAUCUAGAUUUCACUUUAAACCCUGAUCAGACAGCACUCCGACUUGAAAUUGUUGAAAUUACAAAUGAAAAUGAUUGUAAUUCAUUAGCUAAUAUUGUUAUGAAAGAAUUGCCAGCAGGAUCAAAGGUCAACUCAACUUUUCAUCUCAGAAAAGAUGGUCACCUCCAUGUCACAUGUACAGAAUCAAGUAGCAGUAAAACAGAAUCUGUGACUGUGGAGCCAAGUUGAUCUAUGCCAAAAUUUUAGCUUUAUCUAAAACAUUACUACAAUAGUACCAAUAUUCUAAUUUGCCAUUUUUUUACACCAUCGUUCAUCUAAUCACCCAUUUUCCAGAAUUAUAAUUUACUGUCAGCUAUAACCAAGGAAAAAGAGUGCAAAUUUUGUUUUAAAAAAUUCCAUCUUUUUGGUUCUCCUCAAAAUAGCUUCAUUUUUUCGAAUAAUAGCUAAGGGAAUAAGGAGUCAGUUCAUCUUACUAUGUGCUAUUUUGGGCACAUUAAAUGAGUCCAUUUGUCAGUCUUUGUGAUGGCUUGCUAACUGUUACAUUAUACCUUUGUCAUUUUAUAUUUAAACCAGUAACCCUGCUUCAAUACAUGUUAUGUGGACUUACUAUCCAUUGAAUUUUGCAGGGUUUUAAGGUAUAUCUAUAUAAAAACACAUAAAUUGAGCAGUAAGUAGUUACAAGACAGAUUGGACUUACGUAUAUAUAGGCUGGCAUUGUGCUAUGGUGUUAAUAAAGCCAAAUCACAAUAAUUUGGUUGGAUAUGAUAUUAAAGCAUAGCAAAUUGAUUACAUAUCCCCAAACACCCAAAUACAUACAAAUGUUAAAUUUUACAGUGCAAAGAUUGUGUCAUAAGAUUUAUGUUGAAAAUAAUAUACUUUACUAAUUUAUUUUUAGCAAACAUUUCUUCUCAAAUUAUCUUAAAUAUAGGAUAUAGUUUAAACUUGUUCUUCUAUUAUUUCUGUGCCUUUCCUGUGUGAAAGAUUUACAUAUAUUAAUUGUGCUGUAUAUUUGUUCCAAAUGUAGCAAAGGGUACACUUGAAACAAUGGAAAGACAUUCUGUUGUUGCAAGGAAUUAAGUACAUCUGUACUUACUGUCAAUACUGUAUUAGGCUUAGUGUUUGAAAAAUAAAAACAGCAAAUAAAUUUGUAUAGUUUUGAAAUAAAAAUUGUUUGAAUUGAUAA